AUGACUCAAUUGAACACCACUUCCACGCCAGCUCCGUCGAGUCAUGAUCGGGCCGGAUCGGGCGGCGGUAGCGACAAUGUCGGCGUCAACGUCGGCGUCAACGUCGGCGUCGGCGUCGGCGUCGGUGGCAGCGUCUUCACGGGAGCCUAUCCGAGCGGAUCGGCCUCGCGACGCUGCGAACCUGGCGCUGCGACGGUCUCGAGCCCCGGCACCUACCAGAGCCGAGGUUCGAGCAUCACCCCCGCGGCGACCGGACGCAAGCCGGCGGGCCGAUCCAACAGCCACAGUGGCCCUAGCAGCGGCCCUCCGGCCGGCGGGAUUCUGCGCAACGGAGCGUCGGCCAGCGCCGGCGCCAGUCGCACCACCACCCCGGCCGGAAUGCAGUCGAGCCAGCGCGGCUCUCAGGUGAGUCAUCGCGUCCGGGACUCGAGCAAGGACGCCGAGAGCGACGUCGAAAGGGUCUCUCUCCCCGAAAGAAGGGUCCUAGUCCGCUCGACCAGACCGGUCCUCCAAAUCGUCUCGUGGCAAAUAGUUGUCGCGAUGGAGUCGAGACUCGAAUCCCGCCUGAGGCGUUGA